CUGGUAUAGGAGAGGAGAAGUUUUAUCGUUGGGUGGCCUGGAUGCGCCACAUCUGGGCCUGGAGGUGGUCAAGAUACAAGUGGGCCUAUCGGAAGAUACCCGAUCACAAAGAGCGAGAUUGGAACUCAGCACGAAUAAUCGUUUCAAAAUUGAUCUCCAGGCUCUCCAGGGCCGUCUACUAAGCGGGAGAUGUCAAGAUAUGUCACUUAUGGCCCUCAAGGAACUUGACCAACGUCUGUGUACGCAUAUUUCAGUACUAUGGUGUGGAUAUGAACGUCAGUGCCCUCUGGAUGCGGCCAUGAACUUAAAGAUAGCUAUCAUGAAAUUUCAAUUUUUCGUUACUCGAGUAUUUAGGGGCGCCCUCCGGGCGCAUCUAGUUGGUGGGGAAGGCGGCGGUGGUCAACUACAGCAAGACCCUUCUAGUCUACAAUAUUACAUCGUCGCAGCCUCAGCUCGCUCUCCGGGCGAAGAUUCGGCUGCGACUAGCGGUCAUUGCGACCAUAUCGUCCCUCUCUCAGAACCUAGUUCCGCCACACUCGGGUCCCGUAAUGACCAUAAGAAGUCGACUAGCGCCAAAGAUAAAGGUGGUUUACUCCGUCGCAUAUUCUCCAAGCCACCCACCUCCAUCGUCAU